AUGGACGAGAUUGCAAAGGAGUACGAUGUCAUUGUGCUGGGCACUGGCUUGACCGAGUGCAUCCUUUCCGGCGUGCUGUCCGUCAAGGGAAAGAAGGUCCUGCAUAUUGACCGCAAUGACCACUAUGGCGGGGAGGCCGCGUCCGUGAACAUCGAAACUCUGUUCAAGAAGUAUGGCAACUACCAAAAGGGCGAGGAGCCAUGGACAAAGUACGGUCGUGUCAACGACUGGAACAUCGAUCUCGUUCCCAAAUUUCUCAUGUCAUCGGGCGAGCUGACCAACAUUCUCGUCUCCACCGACGUUACGCGAUAUCUCGAAUUCAAGCAGGUCGCUGGCAGUUAUGUCCAGCAAGGAGCCAGUCCCAAGGCCACCGUAGCCAAGGUCCCAUCCGAUGCCGGCGAGGCCCUGAAGUCCCCUCUCAUGGGUAUAUUUGAGAAGCGCCGAAUGAAAUCUUUCAUCGAGUGGAUUGGUAACUUUGACAUGAAGGACCCUGCCACCCACAAGGGUCUUGAUAUCAAGAACUGCUCCAUGAAAGAGGUCUACGACAAGUUCGGCCUCGAGACGGGCACGCGUGACUUCAUCGGCCAUGCCAUGGCCCUCUAUCUUACCGACGACCAUAUCACAACCAAGGGCCAGGCCCCGGAGGUCAUCGAGCGCACCCGUCUGUACGGCAACUCUGUCGCUCGGUACGGAAAGUCCCCAUACAUCUACCCCCUCUAUGGUCUCGGCGAGCUUCCCCAGGGCUUUGCUCGACUCUCUGCCAUCUACGGCGGUACCUACAUGCUCAACACCAACGUGGAUGAGCUGCUUUUCGAUGGCGACAAGGCCGUCGGUAUCAAGGCUACCAUGUCCUCGGUGGAGGAGAUGAAGUUCGAGACAAAGGCCAAGAUGAUCCUCGGCGACCCCUCGUACUUCCCCGGCAAGACCAAGGUCGUCGGCCACGUGCUGCGCGCCAUCUGCAUCCUCAAGCACCCUCUUGCUGGGACCAAUGACAGCGACUCGUGCCAGCUCAUCAUUCCCCAGUCUCAGGUCGGCCGAAAGAAUGACAUCUACAUCGCUUGUGUUUCCUCCGCCCACAACGUUUGCCCCAAGGGCUAUUGGAUCGCCAUUGUUUCAACAAUUGCCGAGUCGUCGGCGAACCAUCACCUCGAGCUCCAGCCCGGCCUGGAACGCCUGGGCAAGAUUGAGGAACAGUUCAUGGGCCCUCCGAUUCCCAUGUACGAGCCCAUCGACAGCGGGAGCAAGGACAACAUCUUCAUCUCCAAGAGCUACGACGCUACUAGUCACUUUGAGACGACAACCGAUGAUGUUCGGGACAUUUACCAGCGCUGCGCCGGCGAAGAGCUGAAGGUGGAGGGCCUGAGGGAGGGCAUCACCGUUGCCCAGGAUCAAUAA